UGUAUAUGUGCCCACCACAUUUAUGUAGCAUAUAUAUUAUUUGGUUGGAUAUCAUCGCUUAAUCAUUAUAUCCACUUCCACCGCGAUACCUGACCCAGAAAAGGGGUAGGGAGAGAGAGAGAGAGACUUGGAUACUGAUGGCAGAGCCCAAGAUCACUCUAACGGCGGCGUUGGCCACCCAAAUAUGCAACCAAAUCAACUCCGUCUUCGCCAAGUCCACCUCAAGUCCACCGGCGCUGGACGUCAUGCGGGAGGAGGUCGCCGCCGCCGCCGCCCGGAACGCCCGAAUCUUCGUCUACGGAGUGGGCCGAGAGGGCCUGAUGCUCAAAGCCCUCUGCAUGAGGCUGGCCCACCUGGGCCUCCAGGCCCACUGCGUCUUCGACAUGACCGCUCCUCCCAUCUCCGCCCCGGACCUCCUCAUCGCCUCCGCGGGCCCGGGCGGCUUCUCCACAGUCGACGCCAUCUGCGGCGUCGCCAGGUCAUGCGGCGCCCGGAUCCUUCUGCUCACGGCCCGGCCCGAGUCCGGAUCGGCCGCGAAGUACGCGAGUGCGAUCGGCUACAUCCCGGCGCAGACCAUGGCGGACGAUGGGGGUGAGGCGGCGGAGGAAGGAGGAUCUCGGCCGUUGCUUCCGAUGGGGAGCGUGUACGAGGGGGCGAUGUUCGUGUUGUUCGAGAUGGUGGUGUUCCAAUUGGCUGAGAUAUUGGAUCAGAGCCCCGAGGCCGUCCGAUCUCGUCACACCAAUCUAGAGUGAGAUGAGAUGGGCGUGAAGCGAUCUCAAGUUUAUAUAUAUCACUAAAAAAUUAUUAGUUAGAGAGGAUUGUUCCGUCGGAUGACGUGUCUUAGUCUAAUAAAAUAAGGACGAGUGAGCACUUGGGUUUUAUAUCUCUCUAUGUUACUUUUAAUAGCUCACUCUCUAUUUUCCAUCUA